AUGUUCUAUCGAUUAUUUCAAUUCCUGUUCUUAGUAGAAUUUUGUAUUAAUAAUUCUAUCGAAUGGGAUUUUUUAUUCAAUAUAGACGAUAAUGAUAAACUUUUAUGUUAUUCAUGUAAAGGUAAUGAAUGUGAACAAGUAAUAGAUACUGAUCAAAAUAAAGUUAUUUGUAAUAGAAAAACACAAUUAUGUUGGGCUGGUUUUAUUGAUCAAGAACCUUAUCGAACAUGUGCUAGUCGUUUUUGUACACCAAGUGAUUUUUCACUUGAUAGUGAUAUUCGGAUUGAAACAUGUUGCCGUUCAAACUUCUGUAAUUCACUUCCACUUUCCUGGAAAAUCUUAAGCAAAGCUUAUAUGAAUGUAUCAUCAUCUUCUCAUACGGAUAAUUCUACUACUAUGAAAACAAACAACACAAUUACCAAAGAAAAUACAGUAGAAUCUGUCGAUUAUUUUAUUGGAGAGAUAAUUGAUGAAAAACCAUUAACUGGAAUUAUUAAAGAUGCAUAUAGUAACGAAGAAGAAGAAGAAAGCGUACGUUUAAAUAAGUUUCAAUUAAAUACAAAUAAUCUAAAUAGUUCUGGCACUCAUGGACCACGUAUAUCAUAUAAUAAUGGUGUCGCAUCAAUCAGUAGUAUUGUGCUGUUUUUAAUGCCACUUCUAUUUGUUUUACUUUUUUAA